AUGGAACCGUCCAGUAAAAAGCGGAAGCUGGCUCCCAAAGUGACCACUUCUGUCGCUACCAACCCUCAGCCUGCUGCGCAGUAUUCUCACGAAACGCCGCCACAGCAACAGUCAUACCCCGUACACGAUGCUGCCCUUGCCGAACGACAGGACUUCGAGGCCUUUGCGCGUCAUCUGCAGGAUGCCGCCAUGCUGAUACAGCGCCAGACGGAGCGUCCGCCUCAUAGCGACGUCUCCGUCUUGCUAUUAAGCUGGGAAGAGGACCACACGGUGGACGAGGAUGUGGCCGCGGUCGAGCAGGUCAUGCAGAAGCAGUACGGCUUCACCACUCAGCGCUGGCAGAUCCCCACCGUACCAAACCCCAGCAUCAAGCUCGGCGUUCAGAUGGCUUCCUUUCUCGAGAAUGCGAGGCCCAACCACCUCCUCAUUAUAUACUACGCUGGUCACGGAUAUGCCGGUCCCGAUGGCCAGCUAUAUUGGGCCUGCAAUGCGCGCGAAGACGCUGCCAAGCUCAAAUGGGAUGGCGUGCGGUGCCUGUUCGAAGACGCCCAGUCCGACAUUCUCCUGCUCCUGGACACAUGCGCCGAUCCCGAGCCCGCAGCUGCGGGUAGCCACGGUGUCAAGCAAGCCAUCGCUGCAUGCUCUCCAGAGCACAAGUCUCGACACGAACCCGGUCAACGAUCUUUCACAUCCUUCCUAGUGGAGGCACUUCACAGGCUAAGUGGCGGACAGCAACCCUUCAGCGUUCAGAGAUUAUACGAGGAAACCCGUAGCAUAAAGCAGCAGCAGCGCGCGAGAAGCCCACCUCUGGCGAAUGGCGCGACGACUUCUGCUUCGCCAACCAUGCCCAUAUUCUUCACUCUGACCCCUGGCAAGGGGCAGAACCUGAUGCUGGCGUCCAUGGUCGGCAGGCCGCCUGCGGCUUCGACGAAUGGCGAUGCGUCGGAUGGGCAGAGCAGCCGCUCUCGCGAAGAUCAAAUCAUCGACCCGGAGUCUGUAGCUGACAUUAGGUUUGAAGAGCCGCGGAUACUGGUCUGCACAACAUUCGUGGGAGACGCGAGUCCAGACAUGUCCUACUUUCACCAGUGGCUGCAGAACAAGCCAACUCUUGGCGCUUCCAUUGCUGUCGAGGGCAUGUUUCUGGGGCCCCCCACGAUGCUGCUCAUCUCCAUGCCUCACUCCAUCUGGAAUGUGGUUCAGCAUGACAAGGUCUGCUGCUUCUUGGGCUACAUUAGUUCGCACAACAUGAUCCAUUUGUAUGAGAAGCUGGUUGGGCCCGCCGGCAUCCGUCCAUCUGCGAAGGAGGUGGAGGACGGCCGGAUUCUGCUGGAGGCCAGGGAGCUGGCGGCGGGAACACCUUCGCGAGCGCGACGCGAACCCGACCAGUACCUUCACGCUGCGGCUCGCGAUGGCCUCGAAUACAGGUCGCAAAGCAGCCCGUCUGGGGCGGCAAGCUAUACCCCGGCCGCUCCUCGAAGCAUCGCGCCAAUCAAGCCCAAGGACGAGGUCGAGGACUCCGCAGAGAUGCAAGAAGCCGCAGAACAGCUCAAGGCGCUGAGCCACGUCCGACCUAGAAGUGACGACGGCCCUCCGCCGCCUGUCGCAGCUCAGCCCCCUGCGCCUCCUGUGGUCCGGCAUCGCACAACGCUUCCCGACGGCGUUCCGGAAAGGCAUAUCGAGCCAAACAUACCCCGGGACGCCCUUGAACCAGGCGCCGAUGCCAUGGCUGUGGAUGCAGCCCCCAACUCGCGCAUCAAGGCGCCUAGACGGUCUCUCCCCAAGCAGGAAACUCGCUGUGACCACUGUACUCAUGCGCCGUUCAAGGACUCUUCGUCGCUCCGGAAGCACAUUGCCGCAGCCCACACGCGCCCCUUCCCCUGUGCCUUUUCCUUUGCCGGCUGCGCAAGCACCUUUGGGUCCAAGAAUGAGUGGAAACGGCACAUUGCUUCACAGCACCUCUGCCUAACGUACUACUGCUGCUCUGCAUGUCCGCAGAGCUCGGCCGAAGGCAAGGGCAACGAGUUCAACCGCAAGGAUCUCUUCACCCAGCAUCUCCGCCGGAUGCAUGCGCCGUUCCAGAUCAAGAGGACCAUCGCCAAGGGCGACAGCAAGCUGCAGGCCGAGUGGGAUGCUCAUGUCAAGGAGAUGCAGCAGUCAUGCCUGGUGACGAGGCGACAUCCUCCCCAAAAGUCGGCCUGCCCCAGGAAAGAAUGCAAUGCCCUUUUCGAGGGCCCGACGUCCUGGGACGAGUGGACGGAGCAUGUCGGGCGGCACAUGGAGAAGGGCGAGGGCCAGCGGCUGGGCGUCGACAAGCUGCUAGCGGAUUGGGCCCUUGACGAAGGCAUCAUCGAGCUGAAGAGCGACGGCGAGUACCGAUUGUGCGCCACCAACGGCGCCCUGGCUGGCGGCAGCAACGGCAGCGUG